AUGUCGGACCCCAAAACGGCAGUCGACUUCGAUGCGAUCAUUCAGGCUGACCGGCAAAGAAAGAAGAACGAGGCCUUAGCGAACGAGAUCUUUGGAAGGAAUAAGCAAAAUAAGAACAAUUCCAGAAGCGCAAGUAAAAGCUCUACGCGAACACCUGAUCUUGCGAGCAGAAUCACAAAGCAAUCUUCUUCUGCUGCGAGCACUGGCGCUUCCAGAAACAAUUCCUUCACUCCACCUUCAAGGUCUUCCUCGACCAACCCUCAAAACGCCCGCUCCUCUCGUCUUGCCUCAGCCUUGGAAUCUCCGCAAGCAAAUAUCAUCACACCGCAACGUCGGGCCACAGGUCCGGGUCUGAGCAUAAAGGGGAAAGCCGGCCCGUUCGUGGUGGAAGCCAGCAAUUUCGCUCCAGGUACCACUGCCGCCGAUAUCGAGUCAGCUCUACAGAGCGAGAUCCUAGAUGAUAACGGCGUCAGUGGGAUGCUGUCGUGUCGACUUGUCUCGACCCAUCCGACAGUCAUUGCAGAGAUGGUGUUUGCGGAAAGAUACAUAGCCGACAAGAUUAUCUCGACAUACGACAACCAAAGGGCUGAUGGAAGGAUUCUACACCUCAGGUUCAAGCGGUCUGGUGGUGGUAGUGGUGGGGAUGGUGCUCCGACGGGUUCACAAUCGGGCAAAGCAGAAGAAACCUCCGUCUCAGUGAGACACCCUCCAUCCGCUGAUGAUGGCGCAAUGGAAGAUAUCGAGACGGAGCAAGAGGCAUAUGAUGACCCAGAUCGCCGGGGGCGAGAAAUUAGACAAGCAGAACCCGAUAUCCAGGAUGGAAGAUACGGAUUCAGUGGGCUCCAAUCAUCAGAGGCACACAAUGGGCAAGCCAAUUCUAGCAGACGAGAAGACGACCGUCAAGAAAGAGACCGGGACCGCGACCGAGAUCGUGAAAGAGAUCGCUAUGACCGCCGCGACGAUAGAGGUCCAGGUUCCGGUCCCAGCUCAUACCGCCGUGACGAGAGAACCGACUCAUACAACUCGCGACCGUCGCAUUACGGAAACGGCGUAGGUGGAGAUCCGGCACGAGGAUCGUUCGGCGGGCCAGGUUCAUUCACUCGUGGUGGCGGCGGAAGAAUGUACAGCGACGACAUGAUGCGCGGAACUCGUAGAAGCGGUUUCGGAUCUGGGUACAGGAGAGGAUAUUAG